AUGCCGCCUCGUCUACCUCUCCGCCUUUCCUCCUUGUCGCCGCUUCCUCUCAGGUUCAAGAAGUCCCUAAAAAUGGCUGAUGGAGAAGAGGACUUGCCAAGAGAUGCCAAAAUUGUGAAAACUUUGCUAAAGUCAAUGGGGGUUGACCAGUAUGAACCCCGUGUUGUUCACCAGUUUCUAGAAUUAUGGUAUCGAUAUGUGGUCGAUGUGUUGACCGAUGCACAAGUUUACUCAGAACAUGCUGGAAAGUCAACCAUUGAUUCCGAUGAUGUCAAGCUUGCUAUUCAGUCUAAAGUCAACUUCAGCUUCUCCCAACCUCCUCCACGAGAGGUGCUAUUGGAAUUAGCAAGGAACCGGAAUAAGAUUCCGUUGCCGAAGUCGAUAGCCGGACCAGGAAUGGCACUGCCCCCUGAUUCCGACACUUUGAUCAGUCCAAAUUAUCAACUUGUGAUUCCGAGGAAACGAACAAAUGAAGCUAUUGAAGAAACAGAGGAAGAGGAAGAAGGUUUUAGUUCAAGUUGUAAUCCACGUCUUUGUUCUUACAACAAACAAAAAAUGGAUUUUAGAUCGAUACCUUGUGUGUUUCUUAGUUGUAGCACUUCACAUCCCGGGUAUCGUUACUACUAG